CAGGCGGAGCGGAACACAGAAUUAUCGCCAUUUUAGACAUCGUCGAGGCGAGCCGUUGAACUGUUUGUCGCUUGAGGGCAACGUGAUCGACCCUUCUAAAGCUAUGCCGACAACUUAGUGUUUUUUUAUCUAAUAAGAAAAUCGAUCACGGUGUCAUUUGACUGUUAAUCCAACUGACAGCUCAUUAUUAACGCAGAUACUCUUGCAGCCAUGUCGACGGAGGGAACAGCCGACCAGGCGGCGGCAGAGUAUAUUCCUGAGAAGGUGAAGAAGGCAGAGAAGAAAUUGGAAGAAAACCCAUAUGACCUUGACGCAUGGAGCAUUCUGAUUCGAGAAGCACAGAACCAACCAAUAGAUAAAGCAAGGAAGACCUAUGAGCGACUUGUCUCACAGUUCCCGAGUUCCGGCAGAUUCUGGAAACUAUUCAUUGAAGCCGAGAUCAAGGCUAAAAACUAUGACAAGGUAGAAAAGUUGUUUCAGAGAUGCCUAAUGAAAGUGUUGCAUAUCGACUUAUGGAAAUGCUACCUCUCUUAUGUUCGAGAGACCAAAGGCAAGCUUCCCAGCUACAAAGAGAAGAUGGCCCAGGCCUACGACUUUGCACUGGAUAAGAUUGGCAUGGAGAUAAUGUCGUAUCAGAUUUGGGUGGACUACAUCAAUUUCCUGAAAGGAGUAGAGGCUGUGGGCUCAUACGCAGAGAAUCAGCGAAUCACAGCGGUACGAAGGGUGUACCAGAGAGGCUGUGUGAACCCCAUGAUUAACAUUGAACAGCUCUGGAGAGAUUAUAGCAAAUAUGAGGAGGCAAGUGAUUCAUACUCAGCCUGUGUCUCUUUUGUUCACAUCGGAAUCAACGUGCACUUGGCUAAAAAGAUGAUCGAGGAUCGAAGUAGAGACUACAUGAACGCCAGGAGAGUGGCCAAGGAGUAUGAGACUGUGAUGAAGGGGCUAGACAGAAACGCACCCUCAGUGCCCCCCCAGAACUCCCCUCAGGAGGCCCAGCAGGUGGAGAUGUGGAAGAAGUACAUCCAGUGGGAAAAAAGCAACCCGCUGCGAACAGAAGACCAGACCCUCAUCACAAAGAGAGUGAUGUUUGCCUACGAGCAGUGCCUGCUGGUGUUGGGCCACCAUCCUGACAUCUGGUAUGAGGCCGCACAGUACCUGGAGCAGUCCAGCAAGCUGCUGGCAGAGAAGGGGGACAUGAACAACUCCAAGCUGUUCAGCGACGAGGCGGCUAACAUCUACGAGCGUGCCAUUGGGACUCUCCUGAAAAAGAACAUGCUUCUCUACUUCGCAUUUGCCGACUACGAAGAAAGUCGAAUGAAGUACGAGAAGGUCCACAGCAUCUACAACAAGCUGCUGGCCAUCGAGGACAUCGACCCCACGCUGGUCUACAUCCAGUAUAUGAAGUUUGCCAGGAGGGCGGAGGGCAUCAAAUCGGGCCGUACCAUCUUCAAAAAGGCUCGAGAGGAUGCUCGCACGCGUCAUCACGUGUACGUGUCUGCAGCACUGAUGGAAUACUACUGCAGCAAAGAUAAAUCAGUGGCCUUUAAGAUUUUUGAACUAGGUCUGAAGAAAUAUGGUGACAUUCCAGAGUACAUUCUUGCCUACAUCGAUUACCUCUCACAUCUCAAUGAGGAUAACAACACCAGAGUUUUGUUUGAACGUGUCCUCACCUCAGGAAGCUUAUCGCCAGAGAAGUCAGGUGAGAUCUGGGCUCGGUUCCUGGCCUUUGAGAGCAACAUAGGAGACCUGGCUAGUAUUCUGAAAGUAGAGCGCCGGCGCUUCACUGCCUUCAAAGACGAAUACGAGGGCAAAGAGACUGCCUUGCUCGUGGAUAGAUACAAGUUCAUGGACCUGUAUCCCUGCUCCGCCAGUGAACUCAAGGCCCUCGGAUACAAGGACGUUUCUCGUGCCAAACUGGCAGCACUGCUCCCAGAGACUGUGGUAGCCCCCUCUGCGCCUACGCUGAAGGACGAAGUCGACCGAAAACCCGAGUACCCAAAACCCGACACCAGUCAGAUGAUUCCCUUCCAGCCGCGUCACCUGGCCCCUCCAGGUUUACACCCCGUCCCUGGUGGAGUGUUCCCAGUUCCCCCAGCUGCAGUUGUACUGAUGAAGCUGAUCCCUCCGCCCACCUGCUUCACUGGCCCUUUUGUUCAAGUGGAUGAGCUCAUGGAAACUUUCAGGAGAUGCACACUUCCUGAGACUGUUGAUGCUGCUAUCGAGCUGAUCACCGGCAGACAGCCUGACGCAGGAGGGGAGGGCAACGGAUCCAUGGAGAACCACGCCAUUGCCAAGUCACUCAAGAGGCCUAACGCAGACUCGGACGAGGAGGAUGACAAGGGAGCUGUGGCUCCACCCAUUCACGACAUCUACCGCGCACGCCAACAGAAGAGGAUUCGAUAAGCAAAAACACACGCAGAACUCCUCAAGAAUGUAUUCUUAACAGGUGGUCAUAUAGGUUAAAUGUAUGCGUCUCCAUGACAGAUUAUACACCUGCUGAUCCAUGUCAAACCACACUCACACACGCAUACGGUGUGCACAACCAAGUGUUUCUGUGGUUUUUGUUUUGUCAUCAGUUUUUAUUUUUUAAAGACUGACCAUUAUACUGUACAAAAUUUUUAUUCAAACGUGGAUUUUGGGACACAGUUCAGUUUUGGCCUUGUUAAGUUCAAAGGAAGACACAGUGGAAGAAAGCUUUUCUUUUUUUCUUUUUUUUUAGAUAACUGGAGGAAAGUUCCUUUCAAUAAAAGUGGAAAAGAAUAUCAGCCAAAUCUGCGUUUUUAUUUUACUUCAACUGAUCCUUAAACGCCUUAAACAGCAAGUUUUCCGGCCACUGACAUCUUACUGACACCAGCA